AAUGUAUUGAAAACCGAAAAGAAAGCAAAUGAAAUGAAGAGUAUUUGAAAUGAAAACUAAACAAACACGUAAUUCUCAGACUAAAAACGACUACAACGACGACAAAUAGCGUGCGCCAUUCGCCACAGCAGAGAUUUAUUCAAAAACAAGCAAAACGAUCUCAGCUCCUGUAUGCUGCAGUACCCCAGCCACCCCCGUUGUUCGUAUGUGCUGAUGCUGGUGCCGGGAAGAAAAGUCAAUGAGUCGUUGCAAAGCAACAUCGCAGCAUAGCAUCUGUGUAGAGUAAAAAUCGCCCCUCGAAACACUUGAACGCGAAGAAAACUCAAAAUUUCGAAAACAAAAGAAAAACACAAUGAAAAAAUUUAUUGGGAUUUGAAAUUCAAAUGCCUGAGAAACGUGCGGAUACAAUUGUCGGCAAACAGAAAUAGCGGAUCAUUCAAUAGUAGCGGGACAACAAUGAAGCAUAUUUGAAGGAAAAAUCAUAAUUUUCCUCCCAAAAAAAAAAAAAAGAUAAAUAUUGUGAUUGACAUUAAAAUAUAAUCCAAAAAAACAAUUGCUCGAUUUUUUCUAUGUAUAUAAGAAGAAAAGCUGUAGAGGUGUACCCUAAGCAAAUUUUGUGUUGUUGUUUUCUUUUAAUUAAAGUCGUCUUCUUUUUAGAAGAUCAACGUUCAACGACUAUCGGUGGUGCCAUUUGAAAGAAAAAGUAAUCGUAAACCCAAUUAAAGCGAAUAACGCGUGUGAAGCGUAAAAUAAUUACGUCAGUUCAGUAUCAGUUCUUAACCAAAAAAAAAGCAAAAAAAAUACGAAUUAUAUAUUUCCAAAUAUAGAAAUCAAUCAAUAACCGUAAAAAACCCAUUGUCAUAAAGAAUCAAUAAAGCGUAACAUUAAUAAGACUUCGUCUAUACGAAUGCGCCAUGGAUUACAUAUCGAAUUUAAUUAAGCGGCCCCUGAGCUUAGUUGUAGCUGAGGCCUCGACUGCAACGGAUAAGACCCAAACUUCAACAUCGCUGCCUUCAAAUCUAACAAACGGCCAAGAGGACAAUAAACAGCAAAAGCAGGAUCAAGAGCAAAAUAACAGCAACGAAUUGAAUAAAAACACAUCACCAAAAGAAACCCAUUCCUUAGUAUUGACCAAAGAGCAGGAUGUGCAACAAAAUAACAUAACUGAUAAAAAGUCCACUGAAGUAAACCAACUACCGGUCACAGAGCAACAACAGCAUAGUUUUGCUAAAGGCGAAUGCAGCCAAGAGCUAACCCGAUCCUUAGUUGGGCCCUCUGAAUUUAAUCAACCACACCAUCGUCUUUUGUCUUUGUCUUCCUCCUUUAAUGGAAACUUUACCGACUUUAUUGGUGUAUCCAAUGAAUUAUUAGAUUUGGAUGAAUUCCUCCCACCUCCACCGCCUUUGCUCUCGAACAGCAUUUUACUCUCACCUGUAGAGGAUAAUAAUAAUCUGCAGUCAACAACUCCUUCGCCACCACCACCGCCAUUGUCGCCCUCUAUGAUGGCCUCACAGACUAUUGAUGAGCUGCUAUCGGAAAUCAGUGAUAAUUUAACAUUGGCCGGCAUUAAUGAUGAAGUUCUAUCUAUUGCAUCGCCUCCCAAAAUGUCUGAGCACAGUCCAAUGUCCACUUCCAAGACAUCGUUGAACAACUCAAAGACUUUGGCGCCCUCAUCACAAGCUCAUUUACCAAAAACGCCCACCAAUACUGUGACAGCUGCUGGUACAGCUGGUGCCCCCUCACCCUCUGCUGUAUUUGAAGCAAAUUCAACUUUGCAUAAAUUUCAUGUUGAUCCCGAUUUAGCAACUGGUCUCUUUGACGACCAGCAUUUUGCAAAUGAAUUGGAAAAUAGCUCAGGUGUCAAUAAAUCAUCCAACAAGUUUGUCGGCUUAACUGAAUUUGAUGAAGACAAAAUCCCAGAGUUGCCAGGUGAUUUAAAUCCCAACAUUGAAGAACAAUUUAAUGUAACAUUUGAAGAAUGUUUUAUACCAACGUUAACUGCCAAUGCCAAAGUUUCCGAAGGAGUUGUAGCAGAAAAAACCCACCUGUUGCUGCCUAAUGAGGUGGAUAAUACUUCAAUGUCGUCAGCAAAUGAAACUUUCGCCGAUUGUCAGGAUGACAAUAUGGAUGAAAGAGAUCUUUUGGCAGGACAUAUAACUCUCAAUGCUACCACUGAUGUGGAAGGUUAUGAAAGUGCAGUUCAGGAGGAUUUCAAAGAAGCCGAUGUAACAAUAGAUGCUGCACCUACACAAGACAAUGUGGCAGAUCAAACUCAGGUCAUAGAGGAAACUCCCUCCACUGCAAAUGUCGAUGACCCACUUGGUUAUGAAGAUGAACCCAUGGAUGUGGAUAUGAGCAUUACCAUGGAUAUAAUACAAGACUCCUCGGAUAAAAUACAAAAUGUUGAAAAGGUUCUACAGCAUGCUGAAAAUAUCCUGCAACACUUGGGAGAGAAAGCAGAGCAGGAAGAAAAUAAAGAUGAAAUAGAGAUGGGGGAGAAGGUGAAGGAGGAUUUCAAAGUUAUAGGCUCCAUAAUCAAGCCAACGGAAACCUCAAAAAUGACCUUUGUCAUAAGUUCACCCAGAACCCUCACUGAAGUAGAUCCCUUACAGCAUUUAGAAAUGGAGCAAUCGAAACACGAUGUAUCUUUAAAUAAAAGUAUUGAAUUGCCAAUGAACAAGGGCAAGACCAUGAGUACAGAAUGUGUUAUAACUGCCUUAAAGAAUGAAGAGCUAUCUGAGUUGAAACAAACGAAAAAAACGGCAGCAGACCCCAAAAAAUAUGAAAACCCUGCACCAGAUAACAUGAAUGCUACUGUCUCUGGUGAUGCAUCAUCCCAAAAUAUUAAACAAGCAGUUACACCUAUAGAAGAAACAAAUGAGCCAAAGGCGACAGAUAAGAAUAUUUCACUAGGUGACAUGAAUGCUAGUGCCUCUGGCGAUUUAUCUACUCACAACAUAAAUCAAGCAACUUCACCUAUACAGGAAACAAAUGAGAUAAACGAGAAAAAUAAUUACCUUUCACUCGAUAAAAUGAAUGCUAGUGCCUUAAACGAUAUAUCUUCCGAGGUUGCACUUCAAGCAGCUACACCCACAAAGGAAACAAAUGAGAACAUUGAAAAAAGUAUGAACUUCUCUCUAAAUAAGUUAAAUGCCAGUGCCUCCGGCGAUUUAUCUUCCCAGAAUACAAAUCAAACAGCAGAAAACAAUGUUUCCGUUAAUAGUAUGAACUCUAGUGAUUCUAAAAUUGCAGCUGCUCCUAUGGAUAAUAGCAACAUAUAUUCUACCAUCUCCAAUGACACUUCCUGUCAAAGCUCUGCUCCUGCAGCUAGCCCCAUGGAUAAAAAGAGCUUAUCUUUAAAUAACAUGAACACCAGUGCCUCUAGCGACGCUUCUUUAAAAAGCAUGGAAGCCAAAUUAGAGUCUAAUGUAAAUGUUACAACAUCCUUAAGUAGUUCAACUAAUAGUUUAAAAUCGUCUGGAUCCAACUCUCCAUCCUUCCCCACAAAAUCAACAGGUCAAACUAGUUCUUUUCCCAAGGCACCAGUCUCCGAUAGCAACAACAAACCAAGAUUUUUGGAAAAAUCUGAUUACAUAGUGGAAAUGGAAAAUAAACAACAUUCUCAAGAGAAGGAGAAUAAUUUGAAUGGCAAUGUUGUGGAAACGCAAGCUAUUCAAAUUGACUCAAAAUCCACCAAAUCCCAUGGAGAUAAAAAGCGCCUGACUUACAAUUUAAAUGCUCAGGAUGCAAAUGUGGUACAAUCGGAUAGCAAGCGGCUUACAUUUAAUGUGCAGUCUGAUGAUUCGCAAUCUGAUAUGGAAGUAGCUGAAAUCACUGAAACAAUGCCAAGUUCAGAGGAUCGCAGCAAAUCAAGACGCACAUUUAAUGUGCCAUUAGAUGACCAACCAAUACCAAUGGAUACAAGUUUUACACCAAUGGAUGUCGAUCAUAAUCUCUCACAAAACUCCACAUUGCCCAUGACUGAUGCACAUGAUCCCAAUGCACAGACUAAGAGAUCGGAUGAGUUAAGCGAAUUAACAAACCAACAGCAAAGAUCACAAUCACCAGCUUUGCCAGGUCUAUCAAGUGAAAUUUUGCCUCCACCAGCUUCUAACCAAUCGCAAACAGAAACCGAUUCGAAAUCUAUUGCAAAUGAAUCUUAUUCUCCUCCUUUGCCUACAUUGAAUAACAGAUCGAAUUCUCCACCUUUGCCAGCUAUGCAGAAUAGAACACAUUCUCCUCCUCUACCUGCCAUGCAAGCAAAAUCCCAAUCUCCACUUCCUUCUUCAUUAGACUUCAUUAAAACUGAAAAAUCAUCACCACCAUUGGAGCCGGAAUCUUCUUCUCCCCCCAUUUCAUUGCCCACCUCCAUUGCCCAGAAACGCCCCUCCAUACAUGGCUAUGGUCGGGAAGUACUUUCGGCCAAAGAGCAAUCGAAUAUCAAAAUUAAGGAUGAAAAAGAUGAGUAUUUUGAAAAAUCAACACCUUCACCAAUGGAGGAUGUUGGUUUUACAACAGUCAGUGCAACUUCAACGACCCCAAAGAACUCUUCAGUAUGUUCCGCAUUUGAUCAAAUCUCAUCAGAAAUGAGCAAUACUAGUGAACAAGAGUUUGGUGAUGACGAAUUUCAAGGAAACAGUAAUCUUAUUUUGAAUCCAUCCGAUUUCGAUUAUCUGCUAACCAAAGGCAAUAACAAUACUCCAGUGGAUCGUAGUUCAUUGCUAUUGAAAUUCGAUCCACUACUCGGUGUGCCAGUGCCAGUUAAUCAAGGACAACAGACGCAGCAACAGCACCAUUACCAACAACAACAACUGCACCACUUACAAAUACCCACUAAUCUCAAUAAUAAUCCUUGUCUAAGUCCAACCAUAGAAGAGGACGAGCAUAACGAAAGUACAAAUCGUUCAUUUGUUGUAGAUUACACCAGCAGCACCACAUCACUGGGUGGUGGAAGGGACACAUCUGCAGCAACAGCAGCAGCAGCAGGAUCUGCAAUAUCAUCAAGUGCCAAAUUACUAAAGGAACGUUCGCAAGAGGUCAAACAACAAUUUCAGCAGCACCAUAAUCAACAAAUCAAACGUCAAUUACCACAACCAGGAUUUAGAAAGAAUGCCACAAUGAGUGUCGAUGUGAUUAAGGAUAUGAGUCUAGAUAAUAACGAUUGUAAUAAAACAUUUGAAAAUUCCAAUUCCACACAACCCGAUGAUAAACAGAUCAACUAUAAAAUGGAUGAACUUGAAAAGAAAGUCAAAAAUGAAGUUCUCAAAACAGAGGAUAUCGAGAAGAAACUCAAAGAAGCCGAACAGAGGGAAGAAGCUUUAAUAAAACGUAUCACAGAAAAAGACAAAACAGUGGCGAAAAUGAACGGUGUAAUUGAAGCGUAUGAAAAAGCCAUAGCUGAACUAAUUGCCGAAAAAGAACAAUUAAUACAGAAUUAUGAAAAACAAUUGGCGGAAGUGAAAGCCGAUCGUGAUUCAAAUUAUCAUCAUUUAACAUCGCUGGAAACAACAUUUUCCGAUUUGCAUGUAAAAUAUGAAAAGAGCAAAGAAAUGACCUGCCAAUUAAAAGCGAAUGAAGAGGGCCUAAUAGCGGAAAAUCGCAAAAAUGCUGAAAAUCUGCGAUUACAAGAGCAAAGAUAUGAUAAAAUGAAAAAUCAUGCAAUGCAACAAUUGGAAAUAGCCAACAAAAAACUUGAAUGUCUGACACGAGAGCAUACAAUGGAAAUAACCAAACUGAAAGCCUUACUUAAAAAAGAAGAAAUUGCGCGAUCGUCCAUGAGCGAACAGCUUGCUCAAAAGUCUAAAGAGAACGCAGAGCUUGUUAAGAUAUGUGAUGAAUUAAUUUCGGGUCAAGGAAGUUAAAGAGGAAUCAAGGCUUUGGAUUCAAUUUCUAUGUAAUUGAACCUACUCCAAGACAGAAAUGUUAAUGAGCGAUGAUAUUUUUUUUUACAUAAUACUAAUUAAUUUAUUUAAUGUUUUCUAAUUUGUAUUUUAGUUGCCUAAGCAAUGAUUUAACUAAAACAACAACAACAACAACAAACAAAAAUAAUAAGAAAUCUAAACUAAAGCGCACAUAGAACAGAAAACAA